AGCACCGCCCUUCCUGAGAGCCCCUCCCUCAUCCUCUCGAGAAUGAAGUACCUCACGUCUCUGGUCCUGUACGCUACCCAUGUUUUCGCCGCCAGCCUCGAAGGUCCCAAUGGCUAUCCCAAUGGCACGUGUACCGAUCUGCGACGCACUGGGCCAUACGGCAGUUUUCAGGUUGUAGGCCUGGACCCAGGCUGCACUGUCACCAUCUACCAAAAGGAUACCACCGAGAACAUCUGUUCAGGCUACCAAGAAGUGAUCCAGCCAAUCGAUUGCUACAACUCUUCCUUCGUAUACUACAGUAUCGACUUUUGUGAUAUCGUCAGCACCCAGUCGCCUACUCCAUCUCCCAUUGCGCCACGUCCGCCAUCUUCGAAUUCCUCGGGCAUUUCCACAGGCGCAGCUGUUGGAGCUACACUUGGUGGGGUCGCCGGUCUCGCAAUCAUAAUCGGACUGAUUGCAUUUUUCAUCUUGAAGAAGCGAAGAAAGGCACGGAGAACUCCAGAAGUCGCAGAGUGUUCAACUUCAAUGCCGUGCGAGGUACACGCGAAGCACCUCCAUGAGAUGGGACCAGGUGCAGUCGUGUACAAGAGAGAUGCGGCGGUGGAAGUUGAGCAGCCAGCUGCUGAGCUCGAGGGCAGAGAACUGGGGCCUGAUGAAGGAGCCGUAUCACGCUCUCGCGUCCCGCCACUGAAAACACUUUUGCCAUUCCUGUACCAAACAACAACCAUCCAGCAAUGUCAAUCCACCACACGACCAAUUGUGCGCCGCACCAUUGCCUCACGAUCACGUCCGGAAAAUGGAGAUGAUAUUCCUUUCGUGGACGAAAACCUACCGCCUCCCGUCGACAACGAACCUGGACGAAAGACAACUAUAACAAGUACUGAGCGUGCAGCAUUCGAGAAACUGUACAGAAAGUUCAACACUGAGGGACGGCAACAAAAGGAAAAGGAUCAUGUCGUGGAGCUAGACCAGAUAGCGGACGAGUACUAUGAAGAUGAUGAAGAGAACUCGAAGCCAUCUUUGGACCAGAUUUUUGAUGAGGCUAUGAAAGGCGAAUCGCGACUCCGGUCGAUACGUACGCUUGCCCAGCGACAAAGAGCGGGUGCUCAGUCAGGGAAGGAUGGCUCGCCUACAAACCAAACUGGAAAAGAAUUGGACAAUUCACCAAGGAGCAGGAGGAAGGGCUUGGGCUUUGAUACCGCACAGCUCAGAGAGAUGCGUCUAGCAGAGCGAGAGAGAGUUGACAAACUCAUCCGCAACGCAUCCACCGACCGCGAGCUCUGGCAAAUUCUUGAACGCGAAGUCUUCGCCAAAGUGCGUGCACUGGAUCUCGACAACACCAAUGUUGGAGACAGUAGAGCGCCAGCCUCAGAGUCCAACAGUAGAGCGGGGACGAAGGGUACCACACGGCCCCGCACUGUCACUAAACCCGAUCCACCUUCUCCCGAACAGCGUAUCCUGUUCCAAAACUACCCCCACCAUCUUAUAACCGCCGUCGCCACUCUCCGCUCAGAGUUCCCUUCCUCACUACUUCCUCUGUCCAUUUUACCCACAAUCAAGAGUCUCGGUCGCUCUUCCCACGUCCUCGGUGCUACAACAACUCUUUACAAGCACCUGAUACGCACAGCAUGGAUACAGCAAUCCUCUUUCACUACCAUCGACACUCUACUCACCGAAAUGGAUAACACCGCCAUCGAGUUCGACGCUGAUAUCCUUGCCCUGCUCGACGCCAUUCUCAAAGAAAGCAAUCAGGCGAGAAGCGGUAUCUUUGGGCGAGAGCUACAGUCGGUGUACAGCAUGGAGCUGUUCGUUGACGAGAUGAGCAAGAUUGUGAAAUGGAGAAGGACUGUGGCGGAGAGGUUGGGACUGAAGAGUGAAGAUGCUAGAUUGAAUGAUAGAAUUGUAAGGAAGAUUCCGCAGCAAGGAGGGUCUGCGAGGGUUGCUAAAUCGUACGAAAGCUGGAAGGGUUCUCAGAUGGAGAAGCAGGAUGAUGCAAUCGGGGCAGUAGAGGGCGAUUCAGCAAUGGAUGAUGGCGGCAAGGACAAUGGUGUGUCUACCGAGGCAGCUGAAACCUCUAGCACUGCUGUAGACCAGACUAAUGGGGCGGUUCCGGCUACAGGGGGAGACGCAACAGCAAGCGUUGACGGGGAGGAAAAGAGCGCUGUCGCUGCUGAAGAACCCGUUGAGCAAAACCGCCCCUCCCAGAAUGACGACACACCCAGUGAACCCACCAAAAUCAUUUUGUAGAUACAUCAUGUACCAUAGUGUAAAACCAUACCAGCAAAUCACCAUCACCAUCACAAUUCAAUUCAAGCUCACCCAGCUUCAACCGUA